ACACCGGGGCUGACACUCUCGUGAAGAAGGAGCUAAGCAGCUCUGGUAAGGUGAGGUGAGGCAGGCAAGCUAGUCGGCUGCCUUGAUUCUCUCUUCCAUUCCCUUCCAUCCAGCUGUUCACAACGUCCCGUCCUCAAACUCAAUUCCACCGCCGCUUGUCAAAGCAACAUGUGAGUCUGCAUCGACAUCCAUCCAAUGUUACCUACCAGAGCGCUGCUUCGCUCCGGCAUGAGGCCUGCGCCUCGGCUGCAGAUGACAUGGGGCCUGCCCCGGCCAAUUGCUCAAUCCCAGCGACAUGGAGCUAUCGUGCGCGCUGCGUCCAAAGCAUGGGAGAGCACCGUAACCGGCGACGAGAAGUCUGGGCAUAUCGCCACUUCGGAGAGCGAAUCCAUUCUCUUCUUUGACAAUCUCUUCCCUCUCAAGCUCACCUACCUCCUCCGACGGUCAUGGCAGUCAGACCGUGACCUGACCGACCUUCUCAAGCGUUUCGAUAGCUCUGGCGGAGGCCUUGGCACCGACCCAAUCAACCUAGUGAAACGAGCGAUCCCCGACAACCUCCCAAUCAAAGUCACAGAGAUCCUGCCGCGACUCAAAGACGGAGGAGCUUUUGUAAAAUUCAGCCAUGGUUCCGACGUUGUACCAAAAGAUAUUGAAACAUCGCUCGCUCGUUCGCUCGAAAAGAAUCCCCUCAGACCGUGGUUCAACCCCUUCCGUGGGGUUCAGGCAGGAUUGGUCAAGGGAGUUCCUUGGCUAGAGGACCUCUACCGGUUUCCCAAAAGUCGUGUCAAGGUCGAAUUCACAGGAAAAGAUGCAGGCGGCGAGGCCGUCGAACUCUCACAGGAGACCCUCUACAGUCUGUUUCGCAGAUACGGAAAAAUUGCCGAGAUAACUUCACAGCCCUCCGACUCGAAGGUUCUCCCAAAGUAUGCGUACAUCGACUUUGCGCGCGUCCGCGACGCCAUCAUGGCGAGAAAUUGUCUUCAUGGAUUCCUGGUUGACGAAGGUCUUGGUGGCGGGAAGAUUGGCACAAGGCUUCGCCUAUCCUACGAGCAAAAGGUCAAACCACACAACAUCUGGAACUGGCUCACUAGCCAUCCUAGGGUGGUAAUUCCCGUUGUUGCCGCCCUCCUUGCUGCGAUCACAGUGGCCAUCUUCGACCCCAUACGCGAAUUCUUUGUCAAAGCCCAUAUCCAACAUUCUUUUCGAUUGAGCAACAACAAAUUCUACCGAUGGAUCAAGAGCCAAACUUCCGAUAUUUUCUCCUCAUUUGGGCACAAGAAGGCUGACAAGGCCGGAUUCAGUGCAGUUUGGCAGCAUCGCCGAGACCUCAUCGAGCAGAUCCAGACUUGGCUCCUUGAGAGCUCCGACACUUUCAUCGUUGUUCAAGGCCCUCGGGGUUCAGGCAAAAAGGAGCUCGUCUUGGACCAGUCACUCAAGGGCAGGAAAAACGUUUUGGUGAUCGACUGCAAGCCGAUCAUCGAGGCAAGGGGCGAAAGUGGAACUAUCAAACACCUAGCUGCCGCCGUGGGCUACAAGCCGAUCUUCGCUUUCUUGAACAGCAUGAGCAGCAUGAUCGAUUUGGCAGUACAGAGCACAACUGGGGUCAAGGCUGGCUUUUCCGAGACACUGGAGUCGCAGGUGGUCAAAAUCCUUCACACAACCGCAGAGGCCCUAAAGGAAGUCUCCCUCGCGGGACGCGACAAGGAUGGCAAGGAUGGUGACCUUUCAGACGACGCAUACCUUGAGGCCCGUCCAGACAAGCGAGCUGUUGUGGUCAUUGAUAACUUUCUGCACAAGAACGAAGGCUCGAGCCUGGUCUACGACAAGGUUGCGGAAUGGGCUGCGGCCAUGGUUCAGAACAAUGUCGCCCACGUUAUCUUCUUGACAGACGACACCUCUUACUCAAAGUCACUAUCCAAGGCAAUGCCGGAUCGCGUCUUCCGCCAAGCUGCUUUGGGUGAUCUCUCCCUUGAUGUUGCCAAGAAAUUCAUUAUCAGCCGUCUCGAAGAGGAUGAAAUCGAAAAGGUCCGAGAACAAUCCAAGGAGGCAGAGGAGAAGGAGGAUAAGCCCGAGCAACACCAAAAGCCCGAUCUGUCGGAGCUGGACUCGGCAAUCGGAAUCCUCGGUGGCCGUCUCACAGAUCUCGAAUACCUUGCCAGACGCCUAAAGGGUGGCCAGAGCCCGCAGCGGGCCAUUGAAGAUAUCAUUAACCAGAGCGCCACUGAAAUCGUCAAGAUGUACCUUUUGGGUGGCAAGGAUACUGUUGAGGGUAAGAAAUGGUCCACCGAGCAGGCGUGGUACUUGAUCAAGGCGCUUGCUUCUCACGAUGCCCUUCGAUACAACGAGGUUCUCCUGUCCGAUACAUUUGCCUCUUCCACCACCCCCGGCGCUGCGAACGGCGAGUCGGCCUUGGAAGGGCUCACAAACGCAGAGCUCGUUACGGUGGAGACCUACAACGGCCGGCCGCAAACGAUCCGUCCCGGAAAACCGAUGUACCAAGCAGCAUUUAGUCUUUUGCUCGACGACCGCGUUCUGAAGGCUAAGAUGGACCUGGCUCUUUUGAAAGAGCUUACCAAAGUGGAGGCUAAGGUCAUUGAAAAGGCCGAGGGUGAGCUGGCUCUUCUGGGCAGCCUGCCAAAGCAGCCUGCUCAGACUGGGUCCCGAGUGUCGUAUCUACUCGAAAAGCUUGAGAGCAGCCAAGUCAAGAUUACAAAGUAUGAGAAGGAGAUUGCAGCGCUCAAGACGGUUCUCAAGCACAACUACUAAGGUUUUUAUUAUUUGGGAGACCAUGCUCUCCAUCAAGACCAGGCAGAGAAUAACCGAAGACGAUACACGUUGAUCGAUACCCUUCUCAACAUUCCAGUAAUAAUAAAUCGCCCAGCAUUAAUCAAACCCGUGCUUUAUCAACACCCGUCACCAUGUCAACGCCAUUCUACCAUCGCCGUCAAUACAUAUGGCGCUAUCAACUAUCACUCUGUAUUGUAAAGAUAGCAAAGUAGCAUAGUAUGAAAGGCAUCGACAUCACAAGACGUCUGAAUCACUUGUCCACACGAUCCUCAAUCAACAAGAUUUCGGCUAUCUUCAAGAAUCUGCAAUGUUCUGUUCACUUAGACAUUGUGAUCCACAACCACAGGUAUGGUCUUUAGUGAGUAUGAGUAACACAGGAAAGUGCGUACCGCCACACCUUACCUAAGGUACCUUACCUUUACGCAGUGGACCUCGGAGUCCUGGAACUUGCGGCCAAUGAGACGCUUGGCAUCGAAGACCGAGUUGUUGUGGGGGUUCAUGGCGACCUAGUUCUUGGCGGCAUCUCCGAUUAGAUAGGUGCUCAUGAUGCCCAGUAUCGGUGAAACCAACUGCAAAAAUAUUAGUAAAAUUGUUUUAGAGGAUAACGGGAAACAAAAACUUUCCAAAGGAAGGUGUGGGCAACCCC